AUGGACGCCCUUUAUGGUCUUUUGGCUGAUAUUUCAAAAGAUUUGGUGUGUAAGGGUCUGAAUCAAUUACAAUACUCCUUGUGCUUUAAUGGUUUUGUUAAAGAGCUUGAAGAAGAAGAAAACAACUUGACCGAAACAAGAGAGAAUGUAGAAAGACGUGUCACAGAUGCUCGGAGACAAACCUCAAAGACUAGUGAAGUUAUUGAUAAAUGGUUGGAGAAUGCAAAGAUUGAUUCAGAAUAUGUGAAUCGUUUGUUGAGAGAGGCAAAUGCCAGAAAAAGUUGUUUUUUUGGGUACUGUCCAAAUUGGAUUUGGCGAUACCGUUUAGGAAAAAAGUUGGCAAAUAAAAAGGCAGAGCUUGAAAAGAUCAUUCAAGAAGGUAGACAAUAUAUACAACUUGAACGCAUUGCCUCAAUUCCUUCAAAUACUUCUGAUAUUCUCACAGAAAAAAGUAUGAAUUUUGAGAGUAGAAAAUAUGCUUAUGAUCAAGUAAUGAAAGCAUUGAAAUAUGAUGGGGUUGGCACGAUUGGAUUGUAUGGAAUGGGGGGUUGUGGUAAAACCACAUUGGCAAUGGAAGUUAAGAAGAUAGCAGAAGCUGAGCAUCUUUUUGACAAAGUUAUUUUUGUGCCUGUGUCUAGUACAGUAGAAGUUCAAAGGAUUCAAGAAAAAGUUGCAAGUUCAUUGCAAUAUACAUUUCCAGAAAACCAAGAAAUGGAAAGAGCCCAACGCUUAUGCAUGAGAUUAACCCAGGAAAAAAAUAUUCUUAUUAUUUUAGAUGAUGUGUGGGAGAAACUUGAUUUUGGUCGCAUAGGGAUUCCCUCAUCUGAACACCACAAAAGCUGCAAGAUUCUGAUUACCACUAGAUCAGAAGAAGUUUGUACUUUAAUGGAUUGUCAAAAAACAAUUUAUCUACCAAUCUUAACUGAUGAAGAAGCAUGGGCUCUCUUCCAAAACAAAGCACUUAUAUCUAAAGACACUCCUAAAACCGUAAGGGAUUUGGCAAUAUCAAUUUCAAAUGAAUGUAAAGGAUUGCCUGUUGCCAUUGUAGCUGUUGCCAGUAGCUUGAAGGAAAAACAAAAGGACGUAUGGCGUUCUACUUUGAAUAAAUUGAGAAGUUCUAAGCCGAUCAAUAUUGGAAAAGGUUUGCAAGAUCCCUAUAAGUGUUUACAGUUAAGCUACGAUAAUCUAGACACUAAAGAAGCUAAAUCACUUUUAUUGUUGUGCUCUGCAUUCCCUGAAGAUUAUGAGAUUCCAAUCGAAGGUUUAAUAAGAUGUGCAAUAGGAUUAGGUGUGGUUGAUGGAUUUGACACGUAUGAAGAAGCAAGGACCGAAGUGACUGCAACCAAGAUUAAGCUUGUAAGUUCUUGUUUGUUGUUGGAUGUAGGUGAUAAACAUGUCAAAAUGCAUGACUUGGUUCGUGAUGUAGCCCAAUGGAUAGCAAAGAAUGAGAAUAAGGUCAUCAAGUGUGAACUAGAAAAAGAUGUAACUUUAGAGCAUGGUUCAAUGAGAUAUCUAUGGUGUGUGAAAUUUUCAAAUGAUAUGGAUUGUUCCAAUCUUGAGUUUUUAAGCAUACAAACAGAGUUGGAAGUAUCUGAUGCAAUUUUUGAGAAAAUGGAAAAACUUAGAGUUUUGAUUGUUAGUAAUCAAAGUCAAGACAACGAGCUGCAGUUGUCAACCAUGUCUUUCAAAAUAUUACAAAAUCUUCGUUGUUUAGUCCUUCAGUAUUGGAAAUUGAGUGACAUCUCCUUUGUAAGAGAUAUGAAGAAACUUCAAAGUCUUUCACUUCGUCGAUGUUCAUUGCCUUCAUUCCUUGAACUACAAACUGAUGUUGGAUUUACACAACUUCUAAACUUGAAAUUGUUAGAGUUUAGUGGUUGUUACAUUGAAAGGGAGAACUUUGAAGAGAUCAAACUAAUCCCAUCUCUAGAGGAAUUAUAUAUCUUAAAGAACUUUUGGAAUGGAAACGUUGAAUUCUUUAGUGUCCUCCCCAAAACAUUACAAAGGUAUGGAAUUGUGUUAGGAUACUAUCAACUCGCUUAUUACUCUCCACAAGAUGAGUUUUGCUCUUAUAAUGCAACUUUAGGGCUUAGUCAUUUUGACAUAUCAAAUGAGAUUAUUAUGCGAAUGGCCAAAAGCGCAAAGGAGCUAAUUAUGAGAAACAUUGAGGGAGAUGCAAAAAAUAUCGUACCUGAUAUAUUUCAAACUGGAGCAAGUAUGAGUGAGUUGAACGAGUUUCAAAUAUAUAGGUCCGAAAUAGAGUGUUUGGUUGACACUAGCAAUCAUUUGAAUGAGGUGGGAAAUGUCUUCUCCGAAUUGUGUAGCUUGACAAUCGUAAAUAUGCAGUGUUUAAGGGCUUUAUGGCAUGGUUGUGUACCUGUCGAUAGAUCUUUUGAAAAAUUAGAGAAACUAUUUAUAGAAAAUUGUCCUAAGUUGAAAUCUCUCUUAACAUGUGACAUGGCUCGAGGUUUGGUGCAGUUGAAAUUAUUAAAAAUAUCCGAUUGUGAUAUAUUGAAGCAUAUAGUAACAAAUGAUGACAAUUUUACAAAGAAAAGUGAAGAUGAAUUUGCAAUUGGACAUUUUGAGCAAUCCAAAAUUUUCCAGAAUCUUGAAGAUUUGACGGUGAUCCGAUGUGGAGAAUUAAAAGAUGUAUUCCCUACCGGUAUCAUAGGAGGCCUACCUCAAUUAAAACGCCUUGUUAUAACUAAAUGCAAUAUGCUUGAACAAAUAAUUGGAGAUGUUGUUCCAUCAUCACACCAAGAUGAAAAAGAAGAAAAAGAUAAAAUUAUCGAAGAAAAUGAGCAUCAACAUUUUGAGUCUAACCGAUUGAUAUUUUCUUCAAAAAGUACUUCAACUCCAUCACCACCUAUUGUGAACCAUAACUCAGGAUCGUUUUCUCUGUCUAGCCUUGCACAACUUGAGAUAUUAUCAUGUCCAAUGUUGUUGGGGUCAUUGUUUACGACAUGUGUAGCUAAGACCUUGACUUCAUUGGAGGAAUUGAACAUAGAUCAGUGUGAUGGUUUGAAGCAUAUAGUAACUCCUGCAAGAGUGAAAAGAAAUAAAAAGGAAAACAUGGUUGAAGAUGACCAUGAAUUUGAAAGUGACAUUUCAAUGUUCUCAAGUUUGAAAUGGGUAACUAUUUCGAAUUGUGAGUCAUUGGAAGAUAUAUUCGGAAUGGCUUUUGUUGGAGGCAUGAUGGGACAACAAAAAUUAGAUGAAGUUUCUGGAAGCAACAAUUCUACUGAGUUGCCUUCUUCACAGGAAUUGGUUAAUGGGACUUCAAUAAAUUCAGAGGUGGAUGAAAAGUCUAAUCGUGAAACAUAUUCACAGGAGUUGGUGGAUGGAAAAUCAACGAAUGGAUCAUACCUGACAGACCAACAAAAUCCACUUGGAGAAACCCAAAGUACCAUCAAAAUGAGCCAUGAAGAUCCACCUAUAUCUGAAAUUAAAUCAUCUUCUUCACAACUCAAUGAUGACAAUCAAUCUAUGUUGGAUAGCAGAGUUGAAAUGGUAGGUGAACAUCAGACAAUUGAAACAAAAACACUGGUGUCUGAAACACAAGAGUUCCAAAAAAUACACAGAAAAAGUGAAAUGACAUCAGACCCACAAGCGAUGGACCAAAAUUUCCCACUCAUUUCUUCCCCAAACAUGACUCAGCACUACAUGGUCCUUUUAUAG